UCGACAUAUCGAUUAAGGUCCGCCACCAACUGAAUUUUAGCGUCAGCUGUUGUUUUUUUCUGACAAACAACCAUUUAAAACGUAUUUUUGUCAAAUAUACUUCUUUUGACGCCACAGUUACUGCAUAAACAAAAUGCCCAAAGUACGCCGUAGUCGCAAGCCACCGCCAGAUGGGUGGGAACUCAUAGAACCCACUCUAGAGGAGCUGGAGCAAAAAAUGCGCGAAGCUGAAACCGAACCGCAUGAGGGAAAACGAAUUACAGAAUCUCUCUGGCCCAUAUUCAAGAUACACCACCAGAAGACUCGCUACAUAUACGAUCUGUUCUACCGGCGAAAGGCCAUUAGCCGGGAACUGUACGACUACUGCCUGAAAGAGAAAAUAGCUGAUGGAAAUUUGAUUGCCAAGUGGAAGAAAUCGGGCUAUGAGAAUCUGUGCUGUCUGCGCUGCAUCCAAACCAGGGACACCAACUUCGGAACCAACUGCAUCUGCCGAGUUCCCAAAUCCAAGUUAGAAGAAGGCCGCAUUGUCGAGUGUGUCCAUUGCGGCUGCCGUGGAUGUUCCGGCUAAGUGCUAAAUCAUCCAGAUCAUGUUAACCCCAAUCGAGAGAAUUCGUAGCAUUUAGGAAAUACCACAAAACAUGUAGCACCAUAGUUUCCAUUGUAGAAGCCAAUUUUUUUUUGUUUCGCCAGACAGGUUUCGCCCUAGUUUGUAAAUACAUUUUAUACAAAACAAGCCGCUGAAAUAAACGAUUCUGUAAGUGACAAAGUGGAAAGCGAAAUGCCAUUGCGAUUUCCAUUGUCGAUGCUGUAAAUUA